AUGGCUACUGGAGUAGAAUCAUCACCGUCGUCAUCGCCGUCGCCGGAGAAAGGGGUGGUGGCUGGUGGAAUUGCGCUGGAUUUUCCUGCGAGUGAAACGGUAUCGUUUUCGUCUCUGCGGAAAAUUCCGAGAAAGAUUGAGAAAAGGCUCCUAGAAACCAAGACUCCAACAAGUAGGAGUGUUGAAGAAAUCGAAGCUAAACUUCGCCACGCUCAUAUCCGUAGACAGCAAUUCUAUGAGAAGUUGUCGAGCAAGGCUCGGCCAAAACCAAGAAGCCCCUCACAGUGUUCAUCUCAUGAAGAAGACCUCGGCCAACGCCUUGAAGCAAAGCUUUAUGCUGCGGAGCAAAAAAGGUUGAGCAUUCUGGCAGAAGCUCAGAUGCGCCUGGCUAGGUUGGAUGAGUUGCGGCAGGCUGCUAAAACUGGGGUGAAGAUGCGUUUUGAGAGAGAAAGGGAGAGGCUUGGAACAAAAGUGGAGUUACGGGUUCAGCAGGCUGAAGCAAAUAGAAUGCUUAUGCUCAAGGCUUACAGGCAAAGAAGGGCCACAUUGAAGGAGAGAACAUCCCAAUCGUUAACGCGAAGAAUGGCUAGGGAAAGUAAGUACAAGGAGCGUGUACGUGCAGCAAUUAACCAAAAACGUGCAGCUGCUGAAAAGAAGCGUAUGGGAUUGCUGGAAGCAGAAAAGAAGAGGGCACGUGCUAGAGUGUUGCAAGUUCAGCGAGUAGCCAGGUCUGUCUCUCACCAACGUGAAAUUGAGAGGAGGAGAAUAAGGGACAAGCUGGAAGAUCGACUGCAAAGGGCAAGGAGACAAAGAGCUGAAUAUUUGAGGCAGAGAGGACGACAGCAUAGUUCUGGUCGAGUGAACUGGAAUGAGAUGCACCGGCAGGCUGAUCUCCUUUCUAGAAAAUUAGCAAGGUGCUGGAGGCAAUUCCUUAGGUCAAGGAGAACCACCAUAGACUUGGCAAAAGACUUUAAUGCCUUGAAAAUCAAUGAGAAUUGUGUGAAUUCGAUGCCGUUUGAGCAGCUUGCUCGUCUGAUUGAAUCAACUGGUACUCUUCAGACUGUGAAAGCUCUACUUGAUCGUCUUGAGAGCCGCUUUAGAGUCUCCAUGGCUGUUGCGAGUAUGGUUCAUCCUUCCAGCUUGGACAACAUUGAUCACCUUCUCAAAAGAGUUGCCACCCCUAAGAAAAGGAGGACUACUCCCAGGUCCUCCAUGAGGAGCAGAGAGGCAAAGAAAGUAGGUGCCACUAGGGAGUCUGCCAGGACUGCAGCUAAAUUGUCAAGGUAUCCAGUUAGAAUAGUUCUUUGUGCCUACAUGAUUUUAGGUCAUCCAGAUGCUGUUUUCAGUGGUCAUGGGGAGCGGGAGAUUGCUCUGGCCAAGUCUGCUGAAGAUUUCAUCCGAGAGUUUGAGUUGUUGAUAAGGAUUAUACUGGAUGGACCCAUCCACAGUUCUGAUGAGGAGUCUGAAUCCGUGUCACCAAAACGUUGUACGUUCAGGUCUCAAAUUGCAGCUUUUGAUAAAGAAUGGUGCUCCUACUUGAAUUGCUUUGUGGUGUGGAAGGUUAAGGAUGCUCAGUUAUUGGAGGAGGACUUGGUGAGAGCUGCUUGCCAGCUUGAGCUCUCUAUGAUCCAAAAGUGCAAGCUCAACCCAGGAGGGAGUAACAGUGCUCUUACUCAUGAUAUGAAAGCCAUUCAGAAACAGGUUACAGAGGAUCAAAAACUUUUAAGGGAAAAGGUACAACACCUGAGUGGAGUUGCUGGUAUUGAACGUAUGGAAAUUGCACUAUCUGAAACACGAUCUAGGUAUUUUCAAGCCAAAGAAAAUGGAAGUCCAGUUGGGUCACCAAUCGUGCACUUUCUAUCUCCUAGCAUGCCCACAACUGGUUCGGCUAAUAGAGAUAAUUUGAGUGAUGGUAUUGAGAGGCCAAGCCGCGUAGUCCGCUCAUUAUUCAGAGAAGAUACCUCCUCUCCAAAAGAAUCUGGCUCCUCUACAACUAGCAGCAGCCAUGUAGAUGGCCCAUCAGGUUCUGCUGUUGGAAAAUUGAUAACAGAGAAUGAAUUGAUUGUAAAUGAAUUUCUCCAUGAGCAACGCCGUGGUUUUGUAGAUAGAUUCAAUCUUGCUGACAAAGAUCAAAACAGUAUUAUGGCCAAGGUGAGAGAGACAAUGGAGGCAGCUUUCUGGGAUGGUGUCAUGGAAUCGAUGAAACAGGAUGAGCCCAAUUAUGAGCGGGUCAUUCAACUUGUGGGGGAGGUGAGGGAUGAAAUUCAGGAGCUGGCUCCUGAGAGCUGGAAACAAGAGAUUGUUGAAGCUAUUGAUCUAGAUCUUCUCUCUCAGGUUCUAAAGUCGGGUAAUCUAGACAUUGGUUACUGUGAAAAGAUUCUAGAGUUUGCAUUAGUUACUUUGCAGAAACUGUCCUCUCCAGCGCAUGAGGAUGAAAUGAAGGCCCUGCAUCAGAAAUUGUUGAAAGAUUUGGCUGAGACCUGUCAGACCCAAAAUGAAUCAAAGUAUUCACAUAUAGCUGCAAUGAUCAAGGGUCUGCGCUUUGUGCUGGAGCAGAUUCAGGCUCUUAAGCAAGAGAUCAGUAAAGCACGUAUAAGGAUGAUGGAGCCUUUGUUAACAGGUCCUACUGGUUUGGAUUACCUUAGAAAAGCCUUUGCCAACCAUUAUGGGUCUGAUACGGAUGCCCAUAACACUCUACCACUGACAAUGCAGUGGCUUUCAUCUGUUAAGAAUUGUGAAGAUCAAGAGUGGGAAGAACACAAGAAUUCUCUUUUUGCUUUGAAAAGCCAGGAUGGUUCACCACAGGUUUCUGUACCUUUCACCACCCUUAGAACUGGUGGAAGCUUUCUGGGCAAAACAGAUGGAAGUGUAAUGGGGUCUACUUCUGUCGCUUCAGAGACAGAUAACCAACAACCAGAACCAGAAUGCACUGGUGAAAGAAUCGAUUUGCUGGUGAGGCUUGGAUUGUUGAAGAUAGCAAGUGGGGUUCCUGGUCUAACACAGGAAACUUUGCCUGAAACUUUUAUGCUAAACCUCUCUCGAUUGAGGGCUGUGCAGGCUCAAAUUCAGAAAAUCAUAGUAAUUUCUACCAGCAUUCUUGUUUGCCGGCAAACCCUCCUGAUGGAGCGAGUGGUAACCAGCAGUGCAGACAUGGAAAGCAUUCUAUUAGAGCAUGGCAAUAAACUGUUGGAAGUCCUAGACCGUGUUGAUGAUGUGGGUCUCGAAGAAAUAGUUGAAAUAGCAAGUGGGUUCUUGCAAGAUAAUGACAAGGUAGUAGAUGAGGAGAAGCUUAAGCCAAAAAAGUUGGUCAUGGCUAGGAUGUUAGCAAAGAGCUUGCAGGCUGGGGAUCCAGUUUUUGAAAAAGUUUCCCAUGCUGUUUAUUUGGCUCUAAGAGGAAUUGUGCUUGGCGGAAGUGGACCCUUGGGAAGAAAACUAGCAGAAAUGGCGCUCCGGCAGAUUGGAGCCAUCAUGCUGACCGGAAGAGUAGUGGCAGCUGCUGAAGUAUUAGUGGUGGCAGCCACUGUAUCUAUCGGCGUUCACAGGCCAUGGUAUAUAAAUCUGACCGAUAACAUGUGA